UCCAAACGUCUCCGCAACUAUUUCCCGCCAACAAUGAAGAUCUCCGAACUUUCGCCGGAGAUUCGGCUAAGUAGUCAUGAAUCUCAAUCUCAGAUACUAGAAGAAAUCGAAGUUUUGAUCAAAGAAGCCGAAGGUCUCUCCCCUGAACAUCCAUUGCCAGAGAAGGUUUGCUUGAAGCUUCAGAAAAGUAUCUCUCGAUUAAGCACCGUCACUCCGUUGUCGAAUUCCAGUAAGCUUCAAAUAUGGAAGCUAAGCUACCGUCUGUGGAACGCCUGUGUCGACCUAUCAAAUGCCAUUGGAAUACGAUCUUCGGCGACCCAAGUGAAGGUCAGCGAAGACCUGGCGAAGCUCCGUCAGAUCUCAGCUGAUCUGCUGCUUUUAGGCCAAGAUGUGAAAGGAAUUCCAUCUCCUGCAUUCAAAUCCGCCUCUUUCUUCUAUAAAGCAGGUUUGAUCUGGCACGAUAUGAAGAAAUACGAUCUUGCUGCAAAUUGCUUCGAGAAAGCCACCGAUCUAACAUCUAAGGUCGAGAUAAAUGAAAUUUCUGACAGUGGAGAACGAAAGCUUCUCUUAGAUCUGAACAUAGCGAGAUCACGCACUGCAUGGGAAGUCUCCGAUCGAAACCUCUCUCUUAUGUUACUCAAUCGGUCCAAAAAUAUGUUAUUUGGAUAUUCGGAGAGCUACAAAACCUUAGCGAACCAGUAUAUGAUAUUUGGCAGGCUCGUUCUUUCGCAGAAUCAGGCAUCCGCUCUUAACGACGCUUUGAAGUUGAUGAACGAAGCUCUAGACCUCUGUGAGAAGGGUUUGAGGGCCGUUAGUAGGACGGAUGAAGCCCUAGCUUUGAAGACACUCAGAUCCAAGUGUCUUCGUUUUAUGGCUGCUGCACACUUGCAGGGAGAAGAGUUCGAGAGUGUCUUAAAAUGCAUUAGGGUUUUGAGAGAGGGUGAUGGUAGCGAGGACCAACAUCCGAGCUUGCCAGUGUUGGCGAUGAAGGCUUGGCUGGGAUUGGAGAAAUGCAAAGAAGCCGAAAAGGAACUGAAGAGCUUAGCGGUAAAUAAGGGGAUCCCGGAGGGCAUUUGGGUUUCGGCGAUUGAAGCUUAUUUUCAGGCGGCCGGUGUAGCAGGAGCAGAGACUGCUAAAGGAGUGUUUCUGGAAUUGUUGGGGAGGUGCCACGUCAGCGCUGCAGCUGCAGUGAGGGUAGUCCACAGGAUAAUCGGCAGCGGCGGUGAUGGUUCACGUCUGAGGGCGAACGUGGUGGCAGAGUUGGUUUCCGACGAGAGGGUGGUGGCUCUUUUUGCCGGAGAGACAGUGACGAAGGAGAGAACGGCAAUGCACGCGGUCUUGUGGAACUGCGGAGCAGAUCAUUUUCGAUCGAAAGAUUACGAGAUGAGCGCAGAGAUGUUCGAGAUGUCAUUGCUCUACGUACCACGGGACAUGGAACAUAGAGUUGUCCGUGCAAAAUGUUUCAGAGUCCUGUGUCUCUGCCACCUCGGUCUCUCCCAGCUUGAUCAGGCUGAAGAAUUCAUCGACCAGGCUAACAAGCUUGAUCCCAACAUUUCCUGCUUUUUCCUCAAGUUCAAGAUCUAUCUGCAAAAGAAUGACGAAACUGGUGCCAUCAAUCAGAUGCAUGCAAUGCCGACCUGCAUUGACUUCACUCCAGACUUUCUCACCCUCUCAGCCCAUGAAGCCAUAGCGUGUGGAGUCCUUCCAGUUGCUGUUGCCUCAUUAGCUAAUCUCCUCAACUUCUACUCCCCCGGAAAACCAAUGCCGACACCAGAAGUUGUAGUAUUCCGCACCCUAAUCACAAUCCUUGCCCGGGAACCAAACAAUGAGUCUGAGAUCCUAAAAUUCAUGAAACGAACCCAGAGUCGGAUGUCCGAUCUUGGCCAUGAAUGCUUCUUCGGUAAAGGGGAGGUUGGCAAGCGCGAAAGGAAUUGGUUCGCGAUGAAUUCGUGGAAUAUUGGGACGAGAAAUGGGAGAGAGAAGAAUUAUGAAUUAUGUGCAGAGUUCUUACAGUUGGCUUCAGAAUUCUACGGUGCUACAUUGGAAGGGGAAGUAGAUGAGAACGUUGACAUGGUUUGUAAGUCUUUGAUAUUGUGUGUAUCUGCCAAGAUUGCCUCAGAGAAGGAAAAAAGUGGUUCAUUUCUGGAUUCAGAUGUAAAGCGCGCAAUCGAACUGCUCGAUAGAGCUGGGAAGAUCCUAACGUCAAGCUCAUCCAGGCACCUACCCAGUGACCUUCAGUUUAACAUUGAGCCCAGAUUCUUCUUCAUCCACACACUCAACGCUUACGAUCUAUAUGGCAGGCUAGGUGAUUCGGGUCCCAAACAGCUUCACCUGAUAAAGAGCUUUGCCUCCUCAAAGGCUUGCUCUCCCCAAUACCUCCUCCAGCUAGGCCUCAUUGCUACACAGGGCCCACGGUCCAAUCCUGAUGUAGCCAAUUUUGCUCUCAACUCCUGCCUGACGGCCCUCCUCUCUUCACCCUCCCCUGAUUACCAAAAUAUUGCCCUUAUCAUCCGGAAGCUCAUUGGGCUCUCAAGCUUCCACAAGUCUGAGGCAGAUGAUGAAGCAUAUAGCAUGUAUAAGCAAGCAUGCCGGAUCAUGGUGGGUUUAAAGGAGGGGGAAUAUCCCAUUGAGGAAGGGAAGUGGCUUGUAAUUACUGCAUGGAAUCGUGCCGCAUUGCCGGUGCGACUUGGACAAGUUGGCGUUGCAAGGAGAUGGAUGAAGAUUGGAUUGGAGCUUGCCCAAUACAUUCCAGGGAUGGUGGGUUAUAGGAGCUGCAUGGAGGAAUUUGUUGCUGGAUUUGAUAAGAAAUUCUACAGCCAUGAUGAUGCUGCCGGAGAUGCUGAUGCUGGUGAAAGGUCUUAACUUUUUCUUAGUUUGCUUUGUUUAUACAGGUUACGUGUUCAUUGCAAUUUGUAAAAUACAUACAUAAAACUAUGGCUCUGGCUGCAAAACUGGGGUCUAUACUUGCUUGCUAGCUAUACUGGCCAGCCCUGGCCUGCUAAACCUGGAAAUGGGCUGGAACUGGAAGUACUAGCUUAGCCUUGGGGGCUUGAUGUGGGUAUGGUCAUGCCAUUAAAUGGUAAAGGCUGAUCAGACUAGUUGGCUAGAAUGGUUUUAAAAGUAAAGAAUACUCUGGGAUUCUCCUUGUGGAUAUGUUCCCUGAUUCCACAUGUUAUACCAUCAUUUUCCAAGGUGAGCCAUUUAGCUCUUGUAAUUUCUUGUACAGAUUUUGUGUA